AUGACUGGCUUUUCAGCUCCAUACGUAUGGCGUACCAACGGCGGGUAUCAGUCCCACCCUCCUCUCCCGGCCCCAGGCAUGCUGUUCGUACCAGCUCCACCACCUUUCAUGCAAGCCCCUGUUCAAUACUACCCUGGUCCUGUCGGCAUCCACAGCGUGGCCCAUCGUCGCUCAACUCCACCACCUCCACCUCCUCCAGCUCCAGCCAAGAAGGCUGAGGCCAAGCCUGCGCCCAAACCGGCAUCCGAACCUGCACCAAAACCUGAGAAGAAGGAGGAGCCCAAGCCAAAGGCCAAAAUCUCUCGUGCUCCACCGCCGUUGAAGGACGGUGUCAACUACAUGUUCGCUCUCGAGCACACGACGAUCCACAUCUUCCAGAAGCCGGCGCCGAUCUGGAUGGAGAAGUAUUCUCAUGCCCAGCUGUAA